GUCCAAUACAAUAACCACUGGCCCCAUGUGGCUCUUGAGCACUUGAAAAUGUAACUAGUCCGAAUUUAAAGUCUGAAAGAAUGUAAAAUAUUUUCUUAAUAUUUUUUUCCUAUUGAUUAAUGUUGAAAAGGUAAUACAGGCAGUCCCCGGAUUACAAACAAGUUCUGUUCCUAAGUCUGUCUUUGAGUCAGUUUGUAUGUAAGUCAGAACAGGUACAGUUCGUAUCUAAUGUCAGUCAAAGUAUAUAGUGUACCUUUUUGUAUAAAAAACGUGAAAGAAAUACUUCCAGAUACACUAAAAUAUCUUUAAUAUAAUAUAGGAAUAAUAAUGAUGUUUUGAUGCACGUCGCAGAGUAGUGCCUGUUUGUUAUUAUGAACCAUUGUACAUAGAAUUUUUAAUAUACCGUGGUUUUUAAUUUACAGUACUAGGCUUUACAAGGCUUGGUUCGUAAUGUAAUAUGUAAGUCAGAUGUUUAUAACCCAGGGACUGCCUGUAUAGUUUUCGAAAUAAGAUGCAUUACCAGAAGUUAAUUUUAUCUGUUAAUUUUUUUUUUUUUUUAAAUGUGUCCACUAGAAAAAAUUGCAUUAUGCUUGGGACAGCGCUGCAGUAUGGUCCUAAAGUGGGCUUUCCAGGGACCCCUGUUGAGCGUUCAGGAGUUACGUGUGACUUUGGAGACAAGAAUAUAUCUAGGAAGAGAGCCUCCAGAUGUGGAGAAACAGCCCAUUCUUAUAAUAAUAGCUAACAUGUAUUGAGGAGCCUUGGUGGCACAAUGGUUAAGCACUUGGCUGCUAACCAAAAGGUUGGCAGUUUGAACCCACCAGCUGCUCCAAGGGAGAAGAGGCCUGGCAAUAUGCUCCUGUAAAGAUUUCAGCCUAGGAAACCCUAUAGGGUAGUUUUAUUCUGUCCUAUAGGGUCUCUAUGAGUCAGAAUCAACUAAACUGCACACAGCAACAAAACAUUUAUUGAGACUGGACAAUUAAUGCCAAGUUUUGUUGUGGAUUAAUUCCAUGAAUGCCCUUUAUAAUUCUUUGAGAUGGGCACUGUAACUCACCAUAUUGCAGAUAUUGAGGCUCAGAAAGGUUAAGUGACUUAUCCAAAAUCACGCAGCAAAGCCUCAAAUCAAACCCAGGCAGGCUGAGUCCAGACUGAAUUGUACUCACUGCUUGUCCAGCAGCACUAACGUGCCUGCUGGGUGUCUCUGGUACCUUAUCAUUUUAAAGCAAAAUUUUUUUUUAAGAUUCUACAGCAAGAAUCUACAGAAGGAGGAGUUCUCUUUACUCUUAUUUGACUCCAAAGCCAGGUGCUUUCUUUCUUGGGUCAGAGCACUUGUUCUUGUAGCAUCCCUGGUAGGGACACUCCUACACAUGUGGGCACAGGGUCGGGGUGGUGUGCUGUGUCCAGACUUACUUACAGGGGGUUGAGAAAGGUAAGGCAGAAGUUGGGACUGUUAUCCUGAGAUCUUUGUGCCCGCUUGCAGCAAAUUGUCCAAAACCUCACUGGAACUAUUAGAGGCAGCAGUCCCCAGGAAAUAAGGGCAUAUAGCUAAUCAGUACUUUGUUUUGGGGUAGUGUUCAUUAGUUACCAUUUGUUAAGCAUAUACUGUAUGAAAUGUAUGCAGUAUCUCAUUCAAUUGCAAUAUCUAAGUUUUUCCCCAACAUUUAAAAAAUUUCAAACAUGCAGAAAUUGUACAAUGAAUUGUACAGUGAAUACUUGGAUAACCACGCCCCUAGGUUUUCUUGCAUUUCAAAGUAAAUUGCAGGUUUCAGUACACUUCUGCCUAAAUUGACAUGCAUAUCAUUACGUAAAGGUCAGUAAUUGCAAGGACUACUUUUUAAAGUAUUCUCUUACUGCAUUUUUAGUAUUCGUAAUGAAACGUAUUAUCUAUCUGUUUGGGUAAUAAAUGUUCUGAGGCUGGUACAAGUCACUUGUGGAACAGUUUUUGCUUCUAGUUCUAAAAAGAAACUAGAACAAUAAAACAAGAGCUCUAAUCUUAUAAGGAGAGCCACACUUGAAUGUUUUUCUCUGUUCUGCAUGCAAAUGCGCUGUAAUGUUUUUAAGGACCUGUAGGGGGUUUAUCAUCGAGCUUAUGAGUGAAAAGCUGGUGUUGUACAACCUACAGAGUGACAAUGACAGCUACCACCUCCACCCCCAUUUUCUUAAAAAAAAACACGAGGUGAGGUUACAAUUCUACUUGAGCCUCUUGUGAGGACAGAGACUCCUCAUGAGGAGAUGGUCGCUGUCCCCGUGUAUUUCUUGCUGUGUGGGCACCAUUACUUACUGUGUUUCCUUGCCGCCUUCUCAUAUGCUCAGCCUUUUACUGCAAAGUAGAUUUGUUGCCUUGCCAAUCCGUUCACUCUAAAUCCUUUUAUCUUGUUAUUAGGCUGCUCUUUGGCGUAAAUUGCAAUCGAUUAGGGAUCGUUUCUCAGAAUCGAGUUAGAAGUGAGAGUUCAGAUAAGUGAGGCCGCCAUUGCUGCUUUGAACACCUCAGAAGGGGAGAAUGGAUUUAUCAGGAGUGAAAAAGAAGAGCUUGCUAGGAGUCAAAGAAAAUAAUAAAAAGUCCAGCACUAGGGCUCCUUCUCCUACCAAGCGCAAAGACCGCUCUGAUGAGAAGUCCAAGGACCGCUCUAAAGAUAAAGGGGGCACCAAGGAGUCGAGUGAGAAGGACCGUGGCAGGGAUAAAAUUCGAAAGAGGCGCAGUGCGUCCAGUGGUAGCAGCAGCACCAGGUCUCGCUCCAGCUCCACAUCCAGCUCGGGCUCCAGCACCAGCACAGGCUCCAGCAGUGGCUCCAGCUCGUCCUCAGCAUCCAGCCGCUCAGGCAGCUCUAGCACGUCCCGCAGCUCCAGCUCCAGCAGCUCUUCUGGCUCCCCCAGCCCUUCCCGGCGCAGACAUGACAACAGGCGGCGUUCCCGCUCCAAAUCCAAACCACCCAAAAGAGAUGAAAAGGAACGGAAGAGGCGGAGUCCUUCCCCUAAACCCACCAAAGUGCACAUUGGGAGACUUACUAGGAAUGUGACCAAGGACCACAUCAUGGAGAUCUUCUCCACCUAUGGGAAAAUAAAAAUGAUUGACAUGCCCGUGGAGAGGAUGCACCCCCAUCUGUCCAAAGGCUAUGCCUAUGUGGAGUUUGAGAAUCCAGACGAGGCCGAGAAGGCACUGAAACACAUGGAUGGAGGACAAAUCGACGGCCAGGAGAUCACUGCCACAGCUGUGCUGGCACCCUGGCCUAGGCCACCCCCCAGGCGAUUCAGCCCUCCCAGGAGAAUGCUGCCACCGCCCCCCAUGUGGCGCCGGUCACCCCCACGAAUGAGAAGACGGUCCCGCUCUCCACGACGCAGGUCCCCUGUGCGUCGGCGGUCCCGGUCCCCUGGCCGCCGCCGCCACCGGAGCCGCUCCAGCUCCAACUCAUCCCGAUAGAGCAGGGCAGCAGAAGCUCCUCGCCCCCUGUAACUUAUGUCCCGUCCAACCAAGUGCUGUCACUUUUCUAGCCAGAGAGGAUGAGCAGGAAAGGGAAUCCCUCGUUUCGGGGCGGCGGAGGGGAAGGCUUCUUAGGCAGCAGUUAGGACAUUUCCUCUGUGUCUGGCAGCAGAUGAGUUGGUGGUUUGGGGUGGUGCCUGUAAAGACACCCUCUGGUUUUCCAGCCAGAAGGCCCACCAGUUUCCAGUUCCCAAGAGAGUUGGUUCAGCAGCAAAGCCUGCAGGGACACGCAGUGCUGCCCAGCUGGUACCAAAUGGCCUGGGACCAGUCUGUAACCCUUCGAGAAAGAGAAGGAGCUUCCAUCCCUGUGCCCAGGUCCCCUCACCUCUUGGUCACAGCAGUCCAGCGGAACCCUCUCCCUGUUCAUUAGUGCAAAUGGUUGUUUUCUACAUGUGCUCAGACCCCACGCACCCGUGUCUCCCCUCUCUCUCUGAAUUUAGUGAACAAGCCAAGAGCCAGCUCUGCAGGUCACCCAGAGCUGCCCCACAGCCGUCACUCAUGGUGGUUUUGCAGGUUAACUCGGCAAAGCGUACAUUGCUUUUCUGGCUUCUGUUGUACAGUCAGUACUAUAAAAUUUGUUUUGAGUUUUGUAACUUUGUAGCAUUUUACAUGAUGUGUUUGUACCUUAUUGUGUAGAAUGAGAGGAUUGUAUUGAAUAAACCUAGGAUUAGAAUGCAGAGCAGA